AUGUUUCUAACACAAGAAGCACUCGACAUUGAUCUUGCACCCGAGCAGUCUCGAAAAGAUGACGAAUACCCAGAGGGAGGGCUGCAAGCCUGGUCAGUCGUCUUCGGAGCAUGGUGUGCCAUGAUCCCCUCGAUGGGACUAUUGAAUAGCCUGGGUAUUCUGCAUGCCUGGACAAGCGCCCACCAACUCAAAGACUAUUCCGAGUCAAGCAUCGGGUGGAUAUUCGGUGCUUAUGGCUUCUUUCUGUAUCUUGCAGGGGCUCAAACAGGUCCUAUAUUCGAUGCCUGGGGUCCGCGAUACGUGAUCAUUCCGGGAUCUAUUGGCAUUGUGGCUUCUCUGGUGUGCUUGAGCUUUAGUGAAGAAUAUUACCAGAUAUUUCUCUCCUUCAGUGUUCUCGGGGGCCUUUCUGCGUGCACCCUCUUUACGCCGGCGAUAUCGGUCAUUGGCCAUUGGUUUGAUAUUCGCCGCGGCUGGGCAACGGGCGUCGCAUGCACUGCUGGGGGUAUUGGAGGUGUGAUAUUUCCUCUAAUUAUCCUCUUUGCUGCUCCCAAAAUUGGCUUCGGAUGGUCAAUACGGAUCAUUGCGCUUCUCAGUGCGGUCUUGUGCAUCAUCGCCUGUCUCCUGCUGAAGACCAGACUCCCUUCCAAUACGAAAGCGGGCGCAUCUGUCGAUUUCCGUGCACUGAAAGAUAUCAAGUAUGCAUCGACAACCAUCGCCAUCUUUUUGGUUGAAUUCGCGGUUUUCAUACCUAUGACGUACAUCGCUUCGUAUGGAGUGUAUCAAGGCCUCGACGAUACCCUGGCCUACCUCCUCACCCCCAUAUUGAAUGUUGGCGCGAUACCCGGGCGCUUUCUUCCGGGACUUGUUGCCGAUCGAAUCGGUCGCUUCAACGUGAUGGUGCUGACAUCGUUGAUCUGCUCGCUCUUGACACUUGCGUUAUGGCUGGAGGCUGGAAACAACCGCGCAGCUAUCAUCUGCUAUGCCGUUCUUUUUGGAUUUUGGAGCGGUGCAGCCAUCAGCCUGACUCCGGUGUGUAUCUCCCAGGUCUGUGCGACGGAGGAUUAUGGGAAGCGGACUGGAACGACUUUCACGAUUGUCAGUGUUGGCACGUUGGUGGGCAUCCCGAUUGCGGGGGCGAUUCAGGAGCGGGAUGGUGGGGAAUAUGGAGGUCUUAUUGUGUUUGGUGGUGUGCUGUAUUUGACCGCUACGGUGGCGUUUGUUGUUGCUCGAGGGAUUUGCGCUGGUUGGUCUUUGCAGGCGAAGUUUUGA